AUUUAGAAUUGGAAAUUUUCUCAUCUUGUAAUAAUUAUUUAUUACUGGUUGCACUUUUCCACUGUUUUCCAAUGAUGACUUUUUUUUAUUAGAUUUUGGAUUUAUAUUUUGAGAUCAUGGCUAUUACUAGAACGAAAAAGAAGAAGGUUUCCAAGAAACUAAAAAGUUCCUGGAGGAAGCAUGUUGAUGUUACUGAUGUUGAAGAUUUUCUCGAAGAUAAACGGCUAGAGGAACGAUUAGGAUCUAUAACUUCAAUCCCAAACGAGGAGUUAUUCAAAAUAGAUUCAGAUUCCAAUUUACAAUUAUUAUCAGCUAAGGAAAGAAGGAAAUUGAAGGCUAAUAAACCUUUGAGGUGUUUCUCAGCUCUACAACCUCAUACCAAGGUUUCUGAUCCAAUUGCAAAAAGAAAUCGAGUAAGGACCAAAGAGGAACGAAGAAAUAAACUAGUAAAGUUGAAAGAAUUGGAAAAUGGAGCCAAAGGAAUAUUGAAGCGCAAGGAAAUACUAGCAAAUGCCAAUAGAAAGUUAUAUGAAGAAAGAAAGAAAAACCAAAUCAGAAGAGGUGAAUUCACUGAAGAUCUAUGGGAAAAUAAAGAUAAAAAAAAUCCCAUUGAAAUGGAUGAAUGGACCACUUUAACUACAAAAAAACACAAUCUUCGAGGAAUGGGAAUACCAGUGAAAGAGGUUAGAAAAAGUGUUACCGAGAAGAAGAGUCUUUUGCCAGCAAUAGAACCUCCUCAUCCCGGUAUGUCAUACAACCCUUCUUAUGAAGACCAUCAGAAAUUACUGAAACUCGUUGCUGAUAAAGAAACGAAACUUAUAAAAGAAGAUGCACAUUUAACAAGGUGUACCAAAGGAAUGUUUACUAAAACUACGGAAAAGAAAAGAGAUGUAAGCUUUACAGAU